GUAAAGACAGGAAGGACAUCUUAUAAAGGGCUCGUCUCACUCGCACGCAUUAGCACAGGUCCAGGACCAGCGGUGAGACGUACAGUACCGUUGGUAGGUUUUCCCGUCCUGGGAGUCCAGGGAGUCCAGGGAGAGGAAGGUGUAAGGGAGACGCAGGAGGACCAUCAAAAAUGUUUUUCCGACUCCCGAGACUGACUCCCGGCUACAUCAGGCUGCUGCAGACCCAGGCCUUCCACAAUGUGUGCGUGGCGCCCCCCGCUGAGAGGGCCGUGCCCGGCAUGGCGGUGCUGCUGGGGGCCGUGGGCAUCGGCGUGUGCGGCUACAGCUCCAGGCAGCUGGCUCUCCACCACCGGCCGUCCGCGCGGGUGCUGCAGUGGGCCGGCGCCGGCGCCGCGGCCCGCUGGACCCCCCACGUGGACGUGACCCGCCAGGCCUGCGCCCACCAGGAGAUCCCGCCCCCCUCCUUCGUGGGCCAGAAGGUUCCCCUGCAUCAAUAGGCCCGGGUCCCGGCUCCAGCGUCCACGCUCGCGUGCGUCUCAGAUUGGAGCUGUGCCGGCCCGUCGCACAGACGCGGCCCACGUGCUCUCUGAAGAUCUGCGUGUGUGGAGAUCUGUCCGAACCUGUGUGUUUGUAGUAGUGCUGUGCAGUAAGUCCUGCGAAUAGCAUCGCUUGUGCUAGAUUUUAUCACUGAGCAAUGAGGGUGGGAGGAUGCUCGGAUCGGACCCCACCGACUGAAAGUGGCCUGAAUGAGCCGACGUGUUUCCUCUGGAGACAUCGCGUGUGUCUUUGAGUCCCGGCCUGAAAAAAGGAAUGUGAUGCUUGGCAGUGCCCCCUCUGCACACAGAUGGUUGCCCCCCCCCCCCCCUUCCCCCUCCUCCCUCCACUCACUCCCAGACAUCCAGCCCUGUGAGAGCGCUCGAGCCCGAACGCGACUUCGACCGAUUCGUCCCCUUCAGGAGCAGCCGCCGAGGAGCCCGGCAUCAGCUGUCAAUCAAACGGAGGCUGCGCGGGGUCACGUGAUCGCGUCGCUCCGCUAGACCUGCUCGGAUUAAGAGCCUGUAUUCGCGUCCCUGGCUGAGACGCUCACUGCAGGUGGCAGGCGGACUGGGCCCAACGGAGGCGCCCGCGUCCCCAGUGCAGAUUAACACAGGUGGAAAACUAUUCCUGACACGCAGUCACCGACCUAAUCCGGCAUUAGAGACGCUGGCUGUUUGCCGUGCAUCCUGACUUUGCGCCGUUCCCCCUGCGGAGUCCGCCGCUCGGUCCGCCGCCACACGCAUAGUAUAGACUAUGAGACGGGUGUUUGCGUUUACACCCAAAAGUGUGGCGGUUAGAGUAAAAGUAAAAAAAAAAAAAAGGGCGUGGCGAGACGCCGAGCGUGGUUGAGAACGCGUGCCGUGCCUUGAGGAUAGCGCGGGGUCACACACCUGAUGUUUAGGACGGAGGCGGGCUCAAACCUGAGGAUUGUGGGAAGUUAAAACACAGAUCACAGCGAUACAGUGGAGUGUUUGGUCCCUUGGGGGCCUCGUGACCAUCGCAAAGACAUUAUCUGCUGGCCACGCUGCAUCAGGGGCUAAUCGUUGAAGGCGGAGCAAUUGAUCACCUCACACUCGACUGCACAUGAUUCACUAUAACAUCCAGUAAAGUAUUUACCACAGCACUGCGCCGUGUCGGAGGCUGUGCACUGCACCCGGCCGGGUUUGAUGGAUUCUCUCCACGCUGCAGUGGUGCACGGCGAGCACGGGGCAGAGCCGGACCCAUCGAUGUCCAUCAGAGGGCGAGCGGGCGCAUUGUACAGCGUAUGAGGGAGAACUGCCAAGACAGCGCAUUAGCGAAAGUCACGGCCGAACUAAAUUCAUGUCAACAAUAUCGGCUCUUUCAGUCUGUGGAGGUCCUGCAUGCUCGAGUUCUGCUUCCUGCAAGAAAGACUCGUCUUGUUAGCGUCGCAAUUAAUAUUUAAUGUUGGAAAAAGAUUUAUGAAAUAAAAGCAUCUGGCAAACA